UCACUCAUUGUGAUUUUUUUUCCUCCAGUUUUUUUCUAUCAGACAGAUUCAGUGUCGAAGAGGAUCAGAGGAAGAAUUCAGAGAAGAGAAGAGUGAGUUGUCUUUGCUCUGAGCCAUGGACUGGAAGACUUUUCAAACCAUUCUCAGUGGGGUGAAUAGAUAUUCCACCGCGUUCGGCCGGAUCUGGCUCUCUGUGGUUUUUGUGUUCAGAGUGAUGGUUUACGUUGUAGCGGCCGAGAAAGUUUGGGGCGAUGAUCAGAAGGACUUUGACUGCAACACCGAGCAGCCGGGCUGCUCGAAUGUCUGCUACGACUACUUCUUCCCCAUUUCCCACAUCCGACUGUGGGCUCUGCAGCUCAUCUUCGUCACUUGUCCGUCGUUGAUGGUCGUCAUGCACGUGAAGUACCGUGAUGAGCGCGAACGCAAGUAUCGUGUGAGGCAUGGAGCUAAAGCCAAGCUCUACGACAACACGGGGAAGAAGCACGGUGGGCUGUGGUGGACGUACCUGAUCAGCCUUUUUGUCAAGACCGCCAUCGAGAUCACCUUCUUGUACAUCCUCCAUCACAUCUACGACAGUUUCUACCUGCCACGGCUGGUGAAGUGUGAAGUCCAGCCGUGUCCCAACAUUGUGGACUGUUACAUUGGCCGACCCACAGAGAAAAGAGUCUUCACCUACUUCAUGGUCGGAGCUUCGGCACUCUGCAUAGUGCUCAGUGUCUGUGAGAUCAUCUAUCUGAUCUCCAAACGAGUCAUUCGCUGUGCCAACAAGCCCCAUAGCACACCGUUUGAUGGACGAUACCGAGACGAGGACAGCAACUGCACCCUUCCUAUGCAUAAGUUGGACAGAAAACCCCAUUAUAAGACGGAGUCUAAACCAGACUUUAAGUCUGAGUAUAAACCUGGGUCUAAACCGCAGUUUAAAUCUGAAGUCAAGCCAACAUUUAAGCCAGCCUACAGGUUGAGCGUGGACAUGAGAGCUUCUGCUCCAAAUCUCUCAGUACCUAUGCGUAGGUCUUAUGAUCCUGCUUUUGUCAAAAUGAUUGAAAGACUAUUUGAUCGACAGGUUGACCUUAGGGAUUAA